GGACUCGUAAUUUUACAAGUUCUGACUUGAAACGUUUUCUAUUAAUAAAGUAGUAACCAAUUUCAUCCAAGGUGAUGUACUAGAAGAAAUUUUGAGUUUUAUUAAAAAGUUUACUAGGAGUUUUGGCUUUUGUGUUUUAAUCCGAGGAAAAAUAGUAUAAGAACGUGAUCUUGCACAUGGUCGCGCGAUAUCUGUCGGUGCGCGCGCGCCAGAUCGGUAUCCUGUCAGUCCGGUCGAUCCUAUCUUCGAGGAACAACAGUCAGGACUCACACUGUACUAUUCCGGCGGUUUCUUUCUUCUCAAGUUACUCCGGUGGUAGAUUUAUUUCUAGUGACGAUACCUCGGAUUCCUUGACGAUGGCCGACGUGUCUAUGAACAUGGGUAUCACGCGCAAAAUGUCUUUCGGUUUUAAUGGGAAACUCAACGGCGUCGAAGGGAAGACUCCUUUUCUUAUUGGCGUAUCUGGUGGUACCGCUAGUGGCAAGUCUACAGUUUGUAAACGUAUUAUGGAGAAAUUGGGACAAGUCGAUAUGGACCACAUGGAACGGCAGGUAGUCUGCAUAUCACAGGACAGUUUUUAUAGAGAGCUUACACCUGCAGAGAAACUUAAAGCUGAAAAGGGACAGUUCAAUUUUGAUCAUCCUGAUGCGUUCGAUAAUGAUCUCAUACUUCAGACUCUACAAGAUAUUCUUGCUGGGAUCAAGUGUGAAAUUCCAGCUUACGACUACAGGACAAACAGUUUAGUAAAGGAUCAGAUCACCACGAUAUAUCCUGCGGAUGUUGUCCUUUUCGAAGGGAUUCUAGUCUUCUACUUUCCAAAGAUUCGAGAUUUGUUUCACAUGAAACUGUUUGUGGAUACUGACUCGGAUACCCGACUAGCGAGAAGAGUACCUCGUGACAUCAAAGAAAGAGGAAGGGAUUUGGACUAUGUGCUGAAUCAGUAUAUGAAUUUUGUGAAGCCAGCCUUUGAAGAAUUUUGUUUACCUACGAAGAAGUUUGCUGAUGUAAUAAUACCCAGGGGAGCCGACAAUACGGUGGCGAUAGACCUUAUAGUGCACCACAUCUGGGACAUUUUGCGUUCGAAAAAGGCCGAAACUGCGUCCGGGCAGCAUCCAUACAUCUUCCAGCGUAGGCGUACUUCGGCCUCAUCCGACACCCUCAGCAGAUGACCGAUAUAACCAAAUAAAAAAAGCUCCCUCGAUAAAAUGAUACAUUCUACACCAGCUACCAUUAUACACUACCUUUUAUUAUUCAAAAAUCAUUAACGUAUCACGUCCAGAAUAACGUGAACGCGUUUAAACAGACUGCAUAGUUCUCUUAUUUUUUUGCUAAUGAUUUUUUUUCUUUCAUUACAUUACUCCGCUUUUUACUCCGUGUAACCAUAAAAUCAUCUUUGCAUUACACGUUGUCUCGGUUUCAGUAGAUCUUAGUCUGGCGUCUCUAUUUAUAUUUUUCUUCGCAUUACUACUUAUUUAGUUCUCGCUUUACACUGUGAUCGCACUGUCUAAUUUUAAUGUAAUUUUCCACGAUAACAACGAGGGAGGUAGUAUUACGGUUUGAUUCCUAAUCGACGUGCCAUUCAUGUAUUAAAAAUACACGUCGCAAAACACAUUCUGUCGCGUGGCUCCUAUUUUUUUUAUUAAUCACUGAUGUUCAGAAGUAGACUCGAGUAAAUUCCUCGAGAUUGUUUUUUUUCCAGUAUGAUUUUCCUCUAAUUUUAUAGUGUAUAUUCGUCAAUUAAGAUUUUGAUACGUGGAUUAAAUGAAUGAAUACAUGAGCGGGGGAGUAGCUGCGGAAUUCUCGGACAUGUUAAAGCGAUUGUAAUUGAAUAUGUCGUAACGUAAUUACAUGCCUUUUAACAAAAGACUUAUUAUUCACACUGUGAGCAGACUGUUUUUUUUCUGUUUUACCUCAAGAAAACAUUUAUAAUCUAAAGGAAUGCCCUGUCAUUGCAUAAUACUUAUACCUAUUACAUAAAUGUGUGAUUAAAACAGAAAAUUACAUAUAAAGCUGAGAUAUGCGCACUGUAAGCGAUACGAAUGUAUUGUGAUUGUUCUAUUUGAAAAGUACUACUAAAAGUACUGCUAAAAACGUACGGCUAUGGAGCUCAACUCCUAAGAUGUACUUUUAAGCGAAUACCAAAUUGCCUCGUUCCUACCGUUAUUCAGUGCCUGUCCAAUUGCAGAUAAAUUUGGACUAAGUCAAUAAUAGUAUAAUUAAUUGAACAGCCAAAUAGCAUUAUUAUAUUCUGAUGAGGAAAUGUAUUAAAAAAGAAUGUAAUAAACCCAUGGAAAGUUU